UGGCGUCCGCAAAGCCUGUGGACCGCUGUGGUUUGUUACCCGUUUAAUUUGGAGCCGAGCGGGGGGUUCACGGACGAUAACAUGGCAGUGAAACGCUGCCGCCGCCCGCUCUCCUGAUCCCGGAAUCGAACCCGCAACUUCAUGUCCGAAGGAGCCAGAGCUGCCUGGUCGAAGAGGGGUUGUGGGGAUUCGCACCGCCGAGAACCAGGGAAACAUAAACACAGGAAAUGCGAGCGGCCCCUUAGCGCUCAGCCGUCAAAGCCUGUGAUUGUUCGCCCGGGCUCCAAAAGGUGUGUUAUGUCGGGGGCAGAUGUGGAGGUGUACCUGUCCCAGGUGCAUGAUGGGAGUGUGUCGUCGGGCUUCCGGGCGCUUUACGAGGAGCGUCUGCUGCUGGACGUCACGCUGUUGAUAGAGGAGCACCACUUCCAGGCCCACAAGGCGCUUCUGGCCACCCAGAGCGACUACUUCCGCGUCAUGUUCACAGCAGACAUGAGGGAGAGGGACCAGGACAAGAUCCACAUGAAGGGGCUGACGGCUGCUGGGUUCGGCCACAUCCUCCGCUUCAUGUACUACGGCUCGCUGGAGCUCAGCAUGCCCACCGUCCAGGAGAUCCUUCAGGCCGCCAUGUACGUCCAGCUGACGGAGGCGGUGGAGUUCUGCUGCUCCUUCCUGCUGGCUAAGAUCUGUCUGGAGAACUGCGCCGAGGUCAUGCGCCUCCUGGAGGACUUCAGCGUGGGCGUGGAGGGCGUCCAGGAGCAGCUCGACAACUUCCUACUCGACAACUUUGUCCCCCUCAUGAGCCGACCCGACUUCCUGUCCUACCUCAGCCUCGAGAGACUGCAGGCGUACCUGAACAGUGACGCUCUGAGCCGUUUCCCAGAAAUCGAGCUGUAUGAGGCUGUCCAGUCGUGGCUGCGACACGACCGGCGGCGCUGGAGGCACACCGACACCAUCGUGCAGUCCAUCCGCUUCUGCCUCAUGACUCCCGCCAACAUCUUUGAGAAGGUGAAGACGUCCGAGUUUUACCGUUACUCCAGACAGCUGCGGCAGGAGGUCGAUCAGGCGCUCAGCUACUUUCAUGAUGUCAACCAGCAGCCUCUGGUGGAGACGCGCUCCAACCGGAUCCGCUCGGUGCGGCCGCAGACGGCGGUCUUCAGGGGAAUGAUCGGUCACAGUAUGGUCAACAGCAAGAUCCUGCUGCUGCAGCGUCCAAAGGUGUGGUGGGAGCUGGAGGGCCCUCAGGUGCCGCUGCGACCGGACUGUCUGGCAAUCGUUAACAACUUUGCCUUCCUGUUGGGCGGAGAGGAGCUCGGGCCCGACGGGGAGUUUCACGCCUCCUCCAAAGUCUACCGCUACGACCCUCGACAGAACUCGUGGCUACGCAUGGCUGACAUGUCUGUGCCCAGGUCAGAGUUUGCUGUGGGCGUCAUCGGCAAGUUCAUUUACGCCGUAGCGGGCCGCACGCGAGACGAGACCUUCUAUUCCACGGAGCGCUACGACAUCACAGAGGACCGCUGGGAGUUUGUGGACCCGUAUCCCGUGAACAAGUACGGUCACGAGGGGACGGUCCUCAAUGGUAAACUGUACAUCACCGGCGGCAUCACCUCCUCCUCCACCUCCAAACAGGUGUGCGUGUUCGACCCGGGGCGGGAGGCGGGAGGAGGGGGAGGAGGAGGCAGCUCGGGCGGGUCAGACGCACACAGGACACGCGCCGGCCGCGGCCCGCUGCUGCCCGGCACCCACGCCAGCUGCUGGGAGAACAAAUCCAAAAUGAACUACGCCCGUUGCUUCCACAAGAUGAUCUCUCACAACGGGAAGCUGUACGUCUUCGGAGGAGUGUGCGUGAUCCUGCGGGCCUCCUUCGAGUCGCAGGGCUGCCCGUCCACCGAGGUCUACGACCCGGACACCGACGAGUGGACCAUCCUCGCCUCCAUGCCCAUCGGGCGCAGCGGCCACGGGGUGGCGGUGUUGGACAGGCAGAUCAUGGUGCUGGGCGGCCUGUGUUACAACGGCCACUACAGUGACUCCAUCCUCACCUUUGACCCCGACGAAAACAAGUGGAAGGAGGACGAGUAUCCCAGGAUGCCUUGCAAACUGGACGGUCUGCAGGUGUGCAGUCUGCACUUCCCAGAGUAUGUGCUAGAGCACGUGAGACGCUGCAGCUGAGGUCUGCUCCUCAACCAGCCUCCUUUUUAUAGAAACGGGAACGCACUGUUGGAGGCCUGGAGUCUCCCGCGGGGGGAGCACGUGUUCACAGGUGGGAGACUCGACCGACGCGCAGGCUUUUCAAACGAGCGCCUACCUGAAGGUGAGGAGGAGACGGCCCCGGGGCCGCUCAUCUGCUGUUGUUAAAGAAGCCCGAUGGCAGCGUGGCGCGGUGAGACGCCACAUAAACAGUCAGCUUGAACAUUUUCAGAUUUAGCUUUCUCAGAAAAUCAAUGAAAAUAAUCUGUGGGGAGAAAAAAAGGUUCAAUUCUGCUGGUUUAUGUUUGGACUGUGGUCAGUUUCCUGUUCUACUACUCACCUACUGUAUUUAGGCGGUCCAGUCAGUCAGUCAGUCUGCAGAAACGCACUGGAAGCGUCACACUCAUGCAUUUAAAGAGGGACCUGGAAUUAAUUUUAGGGAUGUCUCGGUCAGGUUUUCUUGCCCCCUAACCCAAUUUAUUUAAAGUUGAGUAUCUGCCAAUAUUCCUGGUCCAGGUCUUAUAGUUACCUGGAUAAUACAGCAGCACAAUGCACACCUUUAAACCUUUGAAAUCUGAGCACAUUUGCUUUCUUUUGGAAACAUGCGGGGAGAAAAGGCAGUGAGCAAUUUAACAAGAGCUCUUCUGCAAACUGGAAGACAUUAGAAGCUUUGGAAAAUUUUUAAUUUUUUUUUCUGAUUUUAAGAUUUUUUUUUGUAAUUUUGUGCAUUUUUUUGCUACUUUUUGAGUCAUUUCAAGCCAGUUUCUUCAAGUGUCAGUGGCUUAAAAUAAAUCCAGUGGAUAUGCUUGACAGUUUAAUAGCGCUGCAAUGCAAAAAAAAAAAGUCUGUAUUCAAAUAAC